AUGGACAAUGAAGUCGGGCUAUGGAUGGAAAAAUUACCUCUGAACGUUCCAGAACAGCCCGAGCUACGUUCUACCAAAGACAUUUCGAGGCCCCAUCGAGAUACCAUUGAUGGACUCAAUCCGGAACAGUUCCAUCACAAAUGCUCCGAAAAGUUGCUUCAGGCUGUGGACAUCCUGACCGAAGUCAUCAUCAUGCACAAUUCACUUUCAACACACACUGAGUCAUCCGUUCCUACAAUCCAUCCAACAGCUGAUAUUCAUUCCACCGAAAACCAAAUAGAUGAUGAUGCACUAAAGGAGAACAUGGAAUACUCAUCUGUCUGUCAUCAGCUUGGGGAGAAUAUAUGGGACACUGAGACCACAUUGGAUGCAAGUUCGGCUUUGACCCCCGAGUCUCUCGAAUUUGUGGCUGCGUCGAAUUACAAUAUUUGGUUGGAAUUGAAUGACUUUGACCUCGAAGGUCCUUCAUCGCUGGGUUCAUAUGAUGCAUAG